AUGUUUAGGAAAACUAUUUUCGGUCAUCUGCUCGAUGUGGACCUCGUUUUCAACGGACCGUUGAUACACAAUAUCUUACUUAGGGAGGUUGAGGAUAGUACACCAAACACGAUUAGUUUCAACCUUUUUGGGAGGAGGGUGUCGUUUGGACGGAGGGAGUUUGACCUUAUUAGUGGCCUACACUAUGACAGGAGCCCAGUUAGGAAAGUUACACAUUCUCAUAAACUUAGAACCUUGUACUUUAAUGAUAGGACGAACGAUGUCUUGAGUGAUUUUGUAAAACUGUACAUAGCCGCCCUGUUUAAAGAUGACUUCGAUGUGAUCAAGGUAUCGAUUAUUUACAUGGUAGAACUGGUAUUGCUAGGGAGAGAGACAACUAUGAAGUUUGACCAAAUACUAUUAGGAGUAGUGGAUGAUUGGGAGCUUUGUUGCAACCAUGACUUGGCGUCCCUGUCGUUCGAUAAGACGAUACGUAGUCUUCAUCGUGGCCCGACAAACAUGGCAAAAGACUUCGGGUUGAGGAAAUCAUAUAGCUUGUAUGGUUUCCCAUGGGUGUUCCAGGUGUGGACAUAUGAGAGAAGAACGCGAAGAUUAGAGGCAACUGAUGCAGAGACGAACUUCAUGAGGCGAACCUUCGAACCACCUGAACCAGAGGAUGAUGAUGUCAGAGAUUUUGAUGCUGGUCCAUCGACUGUACGUGAGGGCACACAGAAUCCUGAUGUGGGCCGAGGUGAUGAUGCUGGACCAUCGGCUGUACGUGAGGGACCAUUCAAUUGUGUGGACGUUUAG